CAGCUGCCAAAACAUAGUACAGUGAAAUAAUGGUCUGCUAGCCUGCUAAACAAGUGUCCAGCUUCCACAAUGCCUGUGCAGGCAGCUCAGUGGACAGAAUUUCUGUCCUGCCCAAUCUGCUACAACGAGUUUGAUGAGAAUGUGCACAAACCCAUCAGCUUAGGUUGCUCUCACACUGUCUGUAAGACCUGCCUGAACAAGCUUCAUCGCAAGGCAUGUCCUUUCGACCAGACUGCCAUCAAUACAGACAUCGACGUGCUUCCCGUAAACUUUGCACUCCUCCAGUUAGUUGGAGCCCAGGUACCUGACCAUCAGACAGUAAAGUUGAGUAAUGUAGGAGAGAACAAACAUUAUGAAGUAGCAAAGAAAUGUGUUGAGGAUUUGGCACUCUACUUAAAGCCAUUAAGUGGAGGAAAAGGUGUUGCGAGCUUGAAUCAGAGUGCACUGAGCCGUCCAAUGCAAAGGAAGCUUGUGACACUGGUGAAUUGUCAGCUGGUGGAGGAAGAGGGUCGGGUCAGAGCUAUGAGGGCAGCUAGGUCACUGGGAGAGAGAACCGUUACAGAACUCAUCCUGCAGCACCAAAAUCCUCAGCAGCUUUCUGCCAAUCUUUGGGCUGCUGUCAGGGCACGAGGAUGCCAGUUUCUAGGACCAGCUAUGCAAGAGGAGGCACUGAAACUUGUAUUACUGGCACUGGAAGAUGGCUCUGCACUCUCAAGAAAAGUUCUGGUACUUUUUGUUGUGCAAAGGCUAGAACCAAGAUUUCCCCAGGCCUCUAAAACAAGCAUCGGUCAUGUUGUGCAGCUACUGUAUAGAGCGUCAUGCUUUAAGGUCACUAAAAGGGAUGAAGAUUCUUCUCUGAUGCAACUUAAAGAAGAGUUUCGGAGUUACGAGGCUUUGCGGAGAGAACAUGAUGCCCAGAUUGUUCACAUUGCCAUGGAAGCAGGACUUCGAAUAUCACCAGAACAAUGGUCUUCCCUUCUUUAUGGUGACUUGGCACAUAAAUCACACAUGCAAUCCAUUAUUGACAAGCUCCAGUCUCCAGAAUCUUUCGCAAAGAGUGUGCAAGAAUUGACAAUUGUCUUGCAGCGCACGGGGGAUCCUGCAAACUUAAACAGGCUGAGGCCUCAUUUAGAGCUCCUGGCAAACAUAGAUCCAAAUCCAGACGCAGCAUCUCCAACAUGGGAACAGCUGGAAAACGCAAUGGUCGCUGUAAAAACUGUAGUACAUGGACUGGUGGAUUUCAUUCAGAAUUACAGUAGAAAAGGCCAUGAAACUCCACAGCCACAACCAAAUAGCAAAUAUAAAACAAGUAUGUGCCGAGACCUUCGACAGCAAGGGGGAUGUCCAAGAGGAACAAACUGUACAUUUGCUCAUUCUCAGGAAGAGCUUGAAAAAUAUCGCUUGAGGAACAAAAAAAUCAGUGCAACAGUGAGAACGUUCCCCCUUCUAAAUAAAGUUGGCGUAAAUAGCACUGUCUCAACCACAACAGGAAACGUAAUUUCUGUCAUAGGAAGCCCUGAAGCAACAGGAAAGAUGGUACCAAGUACUAAUGGAAUAGCUAAUCUAGAAAGUGGUGUUCCCCAGUUGAUCCCUCGCUGUGCAGAUACCUCCUUGAGAGCUUUGGAGAACACCAAGAAGGGAGGGAAGACUGGAGCCAAUGGCCAGAAUGUUUCUGGGUCCCCUACAGAAUCACUACCUGAAAAUAAAAUUGGUUCUCCACCCAAGACUCCUGUAAGCCAGGCAGCAGCUACCUCAGCUGGUCCUCCUAAUAUUGGAACAGAAGUUAAUUCUGUGCCUCCAAAAUCCAGCCCAUUUGUUCCCAGAGUACCUGUCUACCCUCCACAUUCUGAUAAUGUUCAAUAUUUCCAAGAUCCCAGGACUCAGCUGUCAUAUGAAGUUCCACAGUACCCGCAGACAGGAUAUUAUCCACCACCUCCAACAGUACCAGCUGGUGUGGCUCCCUGUGUUCCUCGCUUUGUGAGGUCCAAUAACGUUCCAGAGUCCUCCCUCCCACCUGCUUCCGUGCCAUAUGCCGAUCAUUACAGUACAUUUUCCCCUCGAGAUCGACUGAAUUCUCCUUACCAACCUCCUCCUCCGCAGCCGUAUGGACCAGUUCCUCCUGUCCCUUCUGGAAUGUAUGCUCCCGUUUAUGACAGCAGGCGCAUCUGGCGCCCGCAGAUGUACCCACGAGAUGAUAUUAUUAGGAGCAAUUCUUUACCUCCCAUGGAUGUGAUGCACUCAUCUGUCUAUCAGCCAUUACGAGAGAGAUACAACUCUUUGGAUGGGUAUUACUCUGUGGCUUGUCAACCUCCAAACGAACAGAGGACUGUGCCUUUACCAAGGGAGCCUUGUGGUCAUUUGAAGACUGGUUAUGACGAGCAAUUGAGACGGAAGCCAGAGCAAUGGGCGCAGUACCACACACAGAAAACUCCUCUGGUAUCGUCCACCCUUCCUAUGGCAACACCAUCUCCAACACCACCUUCUCCUCUCUUCAGUGUAGAUUUCAGUACGGAGUUCUCAGAGAGUGUCAGUGAUUUGAGUGGAACUAAAUUUGAGGAAGACCAUCUCUCUCACUACUCGCCGUGGUCUUGUGGCACUAUUGGCUCUUGUAUAAACGCUAUCGACUCGGAGCCCAAGGAUGUGAUUGCCAAUUCAAACGCCGUGCUAAUGGAUUUGGACAGUGGGGAUGUUAAAAGGAGAGUGCAUUUAUUUGAAACUCAGAGAAGGGCAAAGGAAGAAGAUCCUAUAAUCCCAUUUAGUGAUGGACCGAUCAUCUCCAAGUGGGGUGCAAUCUCCAGGUCAUCCCGCACAGGUUAUCACACGACAGAUCCUAUUCAGGCCACUGCUUCCCAAGGAAGUGCUACUAAGCCCAUCAGUGUAUCAGAUUACGUCCCUUAUGUCAAUGCUGUCGACUCCAGAUGGAGUGCCUAUGGCUCGGAUUCUGCUUCGUCAGCACGUUACGCAGAACGGGACAGGUUCAUAGUUACAGAUUUGUCUGGUCACAGAAAGCAUUCCAGCACCGGAGAUCUAUUGAGUAUUGAAUUACAGCAGGCCAAAAGUAACUCUUUAUUACUUCAGAGAGAAGCAAAUGCACUAGCCAUGCAACAGAAGUGGAAUUCUCUAGAUGAAGGCAGUCGUCUUACCUUAAAUCUUUUAAGCAAGGAAAUUGAUUUGAGGAAUGGUGAGGUAAAGAAAGGGACUGAUUAUACUGAAGACUGUGCAGACACAAAGCCAGAUCGAGACAUCGAAUUGGAGCUGUCAGCCCUUGAUACAGACGAACCUGAUGGGCAAGGUGAACAAAUAGAAGAGAUUCUGGAUAUACAGCUAGGUAUUAGUUCUCAAGAUGAUCAGCUGCUCAAUGGAACAACUGUAGAGAAUGGGCAUCCGCUAAAGCAGCACCAGAAAGAAUCUAUGGAACAGAAGAGACAAAGUUUAGGUGAAGACCUUGUGAUUCUGGAGGAGCAGAAAACAAUCCUGCCCGUAACUUCUUGCUUCAGUCAGCCGAUCACAACAUCUGUUAGCAAUGCAAGCUGCCUGCCCAUCAGCACAUCAGUCAGUGUUGGCAGCCUCAUUUUGAAAACUGCUCACAUUAUGUCUGAGGAUAAAAACGACUUUUUAAAGCCUGUUGCAAAUGGCAGGAUGGUUAACAGCUGAAAGGCAUUCAUCUUUCCAGCUUGUGACCACACCAUGGAAGCAUUUACACUAGCUUUUUAUAUAUAUAAGAUAUAUUAUAUAAUGUAUAUUUUUUUUAAAAAAAAUAAUAUUGGGGUCAUGCAUUUCCUGUGGACUCUUUGAUACUUCAAGCCCCUCUCGCAUUAGCAUUCUGAAGAAAAAAAAAAACUUACUUUACUAGAGUAAGGCGUUCACUUUCCACAAAUGAAUGGAAUUUGGACAUUGUUUUACUUAAGCUUAAAGCAGCUUUUUAUGAGUUUGUAGCAAUCCGGUGCGGUAUCUGAGCCAUUCUUGUUUAAAAUGGCUUCUGUAGAAAACUAACAACUCAGUUAUUUAAACUAGCAGGAUCCUACGAUGAUACAUCUAGUGAAAGGAAGACUAACUUAUUUGUCUCUAUUUUGUUUCAUGAGAGAAGAACUCGUGUCUUGUUGCAGCUGCUUUUUCUUUAGUUGUGGAACUUUGCAUGGAGUAUUGUUUCCUGUUUGAAGAGUGAGAGGUGGAGAUUUGGACUUGAGACUUUUACAGGGUUAACACGCCGUUAGCUUUGCACUGCUACGUUAUUUGCAGGUCUGUGGUGCAGUGCUUUGCUGCAGCUUUUUUUUUUUUCUCCAGUUUUCCCCCCAGU